AUGAAAAUGCUGAAUCACUUUUUCAACUGUUUCGUUUUUCUGUCAGUGUUCCAACUGCAACUUGUCUGCGCAGGGACCGAACAAAACGUGGCCGAUUUGGAGUGCAAUCAUUUUUAUGUCAAAAUAUUCAACACGUGAGUGAAAGGGACAUUCAGAAGUGAAGCCGAACGAUUUCAGAGCGAGCAGAAGUGCAGAGUACACAUGUCAGGAGCACGAUGGAUGGGAUGGAUCCUCGGUGCUUUGCUCCGAUGACAGGCCGCUUCCGUAUGUCAUAGUGUGAGCAGAAGUUUCGGAGCGUUUGGGAAUCACCAGCAUAUUCAGAUACACAAUCUCCAACCACCGUCAGUCCAUCACCUACUAUAAAAUGUGUUGCCGGACGCGCAAAUGCUUCUUCGACAACCCGUACGAUCCUUUCGAAAUGUUCGGACACGCUAACAAGACUGUGAUGAUGCACGAAGUGAGAAUAUUCGAAAAAAGGACCAUCAGAAGAGUCCGUCUCCGUUUGCAGGCUUCCGCUUACUUCGACGUCAAGUAUCUGGAUGACUUGGUGCGCACAUCUAUUUCCUCGAUCAUCGUCUUCUCCAUCUUCUUCUUCGUGUUCCAUCUCCUGUACGUGCGCACUCAAAUAACCGAAGAGUGGUCGGACGACGGAGAGGAAGUGCAUCCAGUUCUGCUCAUGUUGGCCGAAAAGUCUCCGAUGAAGGUCAUAAAGCCCGGACUGGGCAAUGAAAGUAUUUAAGAGAAUACUUUCUAUCUCAGCCAGUUUUCCCCAUUCUUCCAGACUUAAUCUCGGUCUCUGGCGAGCAUUCCUUGCUCGAUUACUGUAGAUUACGAGCCGCCCGUUCCUACCGAGACCAGCUGCUCCGCGAGUCUCAGAUCAUCGAUCCGCAGGUCAUCCGUGCUCGAAUCGUCCGUCACGACCUCCGAUUGAAGCGGGAGAUCCGAGAGUUUGAGUAUUUACGAUGGAGAUUGGCCGCCAAGAAAGUGAAACACAAUAGACGAUUCGUGAAACUCAACGACAAAUGGGUCUUUGUGACGAAUGAUAAACUGAGAAAGAAUUGGCUGACGAGAAGCCAGAAGUUGCUGCUGCAGCUGGGAAUCCAGAGAGCUCGGGAGACGGAGAAGAUGCACUUGGAAAUGGUGACCAAGUCGCACUUCGACACCGCCUACAUGGACAACUUUGACAAGUACGACGUGGCGCAUCUGAUGGGGCAAUGCUUCCAGACGCACGAUAUGCACAUGAUGUUCUUCAAUGCGACUGUACUGGGACACGUACCGACUCAUGUGAGGGAGAUUUUAAAAAACCAUUCGGAAGUGCCUUUUCAGGUCGACAAACCGCUCGGUCCGAUGACUCACAAGACGUUGUUCGAAUCGCUCUUCUACCACGGACCCUACUUCUACCCGUGGCGCCCUCAUCAACUGAUCAACCUGUUCACUGAUGCGAAGGAGCUCUUCCUCCAGGAUAAUCUCUGUUUGACCAUCGCUCUUCCGGCCGUUGUGAUAGGAGAUAUUCGAGGAAGGUUUUCUGCUUUCCCCCUUUGUUUCCCGUUCGUUCCGCAACCCUCCCCAUUCAGAUACGUGGAUCUACAUCGUUGGAUUGACAUUGUCGGCCUUCCGUACCGUCGAAAGAUCCUUUUCCUCGGCGGAUAUGUCGAACGAGGCGAGGGUCAAUUCUCAGAGUUCUCUUUCGAUUGUCUCGCAUUCAUCGCUGCCAUGAAAGUCUGCUAUCCUCGCCAUGUGUUCAUGCUCCGUGGCUCCGCUGAGACCGUCUUCUCGUUUGCCACCCGCUUCACUCCGAUUCUCGACGACGCCAUUCUGAUGUGAGCCCCGACUAGUUUCAUCAGUCUUCUCUAUCUCCACUUUCAGAGCGGCCCGUCAGAUGUGCGAGUGCAUGCCAUUGACUGCGAUGCUCGGGGAAAAGUACCUGGCCACUUCGAGUGGCCUCUCUCCACACAUGAUCUACGACCCCUUCUCGAUCAACGAAUACGAUCGUCCGAUGACUCCCGACAACCUUCCUUUCGACGUCAAACGCGUGCUCUUCGGACAACCAUCUCCCGAUCUCGGAAUAUUCGACCAUAAUCCUGGUGAGUGAAAUCUCUCGUACAUCCACAACUUGAAUCCAAUCAUUUAGCCUCUGGACGGUUUCGUUUCGGAUUACAAGCGGUUGACGAUGUGUGUGCCAGUCUGAACAUCAAGGCGAUCAUCAGGUCUCGCAACGAACUGACUGUCAACCCACUUCUUCUGAGGAACGGACGAUUGGUCACAAUAAGCAGCUGUCCGACUGAGCAUUCCUCGGUCAGAAAACGAAUUGGACCGAAUGUAACUUGUGUUCUUACAGGGCGUCGCGAUGGUUCUGGACGAAGGUCUCGGAUGGAUCUUCCUCAAAUUGAGACUGCAAACGGACGACGAAGUCAUCGAUUCGGUUGAAGAUUCUGUUUCGAUUGAGGACGAAGUGAAUGACUCAUUUUACUGA